AUCACGCCUCCGUAAGAGCUGAUAAGGUACGUGAUGACCUCACCUCAGGUGACAGUUCUGAGGAAGGCAGAAGAUACACGGCCAAAGUGGUUAGACAAGUUUUCUCUCGUGUGAUCACUGGACUGAACACAGAUCCACAUCAGACGUCCUCCAGGAAACAUGAAGGAGAUUUUCCACUCAAACUGAGAGACGAGGACAGAGCAGAGUCUCCAGAACCCAACGGUCUGUCUGUGAAGAGUAAGAAGUAACGAUGGGAUCCUCACAGACAAAAGGUCAGAACCAGAGACAGAGAGCAGAGUCUCCAGGACCCAGCGGUCUGUCUGUGAAGAGUGACUGGUCUAUGGACACACCUUUACACUUCAGUCAUGAACCUGGAGCCUCAGAGACAAAAGGUCAGAACCAGAGACAGAGAGCAGAGUCUCCAGGACCCAGCGGUCUGUCUGUGAAGAGUGAUGAGUCUAUGGGAAUACCUUUAAACUUCAGUCAUGAACCUGGAGCCUCAGAGACAAAAGACCAGUUUGCUGUUUCUGUGGACGAGCAGACGUCCCGCUGUCCUCUGUGUCAGGACGUCCUGAAGGAUCCAGUCUCCACCAGCUGCGGUCACUGGUUCUGCAGACGCUGCAUCUCCUCAUACUGGGACCAGUCUGGUCCACCAGGAGACUCCUGCUGUCCCCAGUGUGGACAGAGACCCAGACCAGGACCAGCAGAUGUUGGUCUGCAGAAGGUUCUAGAUGAACAUAAGAUCGGUCUGAGGAGGAGAUUUGACCAUGUGACUGAAGGAACUGAAGGAACAGGAAGUAGAACCCUCCUGAACAGGAUCUUCACUGAGCUCUACAUCACAGAGGGACAGAGUGAAGAGGUCAAUACUCAACAUGAGGUGAUGCAGCUGGAGACGACCUCCAAGAAGAAGACGGUCCAGGACACUCCCAUCAAGUGCUGCGACAUCUUUAAAGCCUUACCUGACCAGCAGGGGAGCAUCAGAGUCGUCCUGACCAACGGCGUCGCUGGUGUUGGAAAAACCUAUUCGGUGCAGAAGUUCACUCUGGACUGGGCCGAGGGUUUGGAAAACCAGGAUGUGAAUCUGCUGAUUGUGCUCUCGUUCAGAGAGCUGAACCUGAUCAGAGAUCAGCAGCAAAGUCUUCUCACGCUGCUCCAUGUUUUCUAUCCAACAUUAGAGAAGGUCAGAGCAGAGGAGCUUGCUAUCUGUAAACCUUUGUUCAUCUUUGACGGCCUGGAUGAAAGCAGACCCUCACUGGACUUCAGCAGCAGGACGCUGGUUUCUGACAUCACACACAGGUCAUCAGUCAACGUGCUGCUGACCAACCUCAUCCAGGGGAAUCUGCUUCCCUCGGCUCUCAUCUGGAUAACUUCUCGACCUGCAGCGGCCAAUCAGAUCCCUCCUACAUGUGUUGCCAGGGUAACAGAAGUACGAGGCUUCACUGACGACCAGAAGGACGAGUACUUCAGGAAGAGAUCCAGAACUGAAGAUCUGUCCAGCAGAAUCAUCUCACACAUCAAGACGUCCAGGAGCCUCCACAUCAUGUGUCAAGUCCCAAUCUUCUGCUGGAUCAGUGCUACAGUUCUGGAGCACAUGUUGACCACAAAGCAGAGAGGAGCGCUGCCCAAGACCCUGACAGACCUGUACUCACACUUCCUGCUGGUUCAGACCAAGAGGAAGAAGAACAAGUACGAUAAAGGACGUGAGACGAAUCCACAGGAGCUGACGGAGGCCGACGGGGACUUUCUUCUGAAGCUGGGGAGGCUGGCCUUUGAACAUCUGCAGAAAGGAGACAUCAUGUUCUACCAAGAAGACCUGGAGCGGUGUGGUCUAAGUGUGACAGAGGCCUCGGUGUACUCAGGAGUUUGUACAGAGAUCUUCAGAAGAGAGAGUGUGAUCUUCCAGAAAUCAGUCUACUGCUUUGUUCAUCUGAGCGUUCAGGAGUUUCUGGCUGCAGUCUACAUGUUCCACUGUUUCACCAACAGGAAGACAGAGGUACUGCAGGACUUCUUCAGACAAGAAGAUAAAGACUGGAAGACAGAGGUACUACAGCACUUCUUUGGAAAAAAAGUUGAUGAAUAUGAUGAUGGUGAUGAUGGUGAUGAUGGUGAUGAUGAUGAUGAUGAUGAUGGUGAUGAUGAUGAUGAUGAUGGUGGUGGUUACACUUCUCUGGAUGUGUUCCUGAAAGCAGCCAUGGAGAAAUCCCUUCAAAGUGAAAAUGGUCACCUGGACCUGUUUGUUCGCUUCCUUCAUGGACUCUGUCUGGAGUCCAACCACAGACUCUUAGGAGGUCUGCUGGGUCAGACUCAGAACAGUCCAGAAAUCAUCCAGAGGGUCAUUGAGAACCUGAAGAAGAUGAACACAAAGAACAUCUCACCUGACAGAAGCAUCAACAUCUUCCACUGUCUGACAGAGAUGAACAACCAAUCAGUGCAUCAGGAGAUCAAAGAGUCUAUGAAGUCAAAGAACAGAGGACAGAAACUCUCUGAGAUCCACUGCUCAGCUCUGGUCUACAUGCUGCAGAUGUCUGAGGAGGUUCUGGAUGAGUUGGACCUGAGCAAGUACAGAACAUCAGACCAGGGGAAACAGAGACUGAUUCCAGCUGUGAGGAACUGCAGGAAGGCUGUGUUGAGGGGCUGCAGUUUGACAGAGAUCAGCUGUUCUUCUCUGGUCUCAGCUCUGAAGUCCAACCCCUCACACCUGAGAGUCCUGGACCUGAGUCUGAACAAGCUGCAGGAUCCAGGAGUGAAGCUGCUGUGUUCUGGACUGGAGAGUCCACAUUGUAGACUGGAGAGUCUGUGUGUUUCAGUCGCUAGGGGCUGCAGUUUGACAGAGAUCAGCUGUUCUUCUCUGGCCUCAGCUCUGAAGUCCAACCCCUCACACCUGAGAAAACUGUACCUGAGUCUGAACAAGCUGCAGGAUUCAGGAGUGAAGCUGCUGUGUUCUGGACUGGAGAGUCCACAUUGUAGACUGGAGACUCUGUGGUUGAGGGGCUGCAGUUUGACAGAGAUCAGCUGUUCUUCUCUGGCCUCAGCUCUGAAGUCCAACUCCUCACACCUGAGAGACCUGGACCUGAGUGAGAACAAGCUGCAGGAUUCAGGAGUGAAGCUGCUGUGUUCUGGACUGGAGAGUCCACAUUGUAGACUGGAGACUCUGUGGUUGGAGGGCUGCAGUUUGACAGAGAUCAGCUGUUCUUCUCUGGUCUCAGCUCUGAAGUCCAACCCCUCACACCUGAGAGACCUGGACCUGAGACAGAACCAGCUGCAGGAUUCAGCAGUGAAGCCUCUGUGUGAUCUUCAGAAGAGUCCAGACUACAGACUGGAGACUCUGUGGUUGUAUAACUGCAGUUUGACAGAGAUCAGCUGUUCUUCUCUGGUCUCAGCUCUGAAGUCCAACCCCUCACACCUGAGAAACCUGAACCUGAGUAAGAACAAGCUGCAGGAUUCAGGAGUGAAGCUGCUGUGUUCUGGACUGGAGAGUCCACAUUGUAGACUGAAGACUCUGUGGUGAGUUCACUGACUCUCUGUUACUGUUGGA